AUGAUAGAAUACUCAGAAGAGCAAAUUAAAUCCUUGAAUAAUUUGGUCGAAAAAUGGGUAUCGGUUGAUAUAAACCCAAAAUCAAAAAAAGAGAUAAUUGAGCUCCAAAAUGAUGGGGAUUAUGCAAAAUUGGAUGAGAAGCUUUCCAAAAGAAUUGCAUUUGGCACUGCUGGAUUGAGAUCAGCAAUGACUUCAGGUUUUGCGCAUAUGAAUGAUGUUACUAUACUUCAGGCUUCUCAAGGGUUGAUCAAAUAUUUACUUGAGGAAAAUGAAUCAAAUAAGGACUUAUCUAUUGUAGUGGGUUAUGAUCAUAGACAUCAUUCCCAGAGAUUUGCAGAAAUUACGGCCAGUGUAGCAUUAACCCAAGGAUUUAAAGUAUAUUACUUGGGAUCAGUCACCAAUCUAUCUCAAGAAUCAAUUGAACUUUCAGAGACAAAAUUUUUGGGGGGCGGAGAAACUGAUAGAGGAUAUGUGCAUACGCCAUUAGUGCCUUUCGCUAUUGACUACUUCAAAGCGUCAGCAGGAGUUAUGGUAACCGCUUCUCACAAUCCUGCGCAAGACAAUGGUUAUAAAGUCUAUUAUGGGAAUGGUUGCCAAAUAAUACCCCCCAAUGACAUAGGAAUAGCUCAGUGUAUUGAAAGAAAUUUGGAUCCUUGGCUUAAUCAAAAUAUAUGGGAUGUUGUGGGGAAUUUUAAAAAAAAUAAAGACUUGUUAUUCGGAGUAAAAGAGAAGGCAACAGAGAUGUACAUUAAGUCAGUUUAUGAGCUUUUAAUACAAAACAAGAAGUUGAGUUAUGAUUUCACUUAUACUCCCAUGCAUGGUGUUGGAAUGGAAAUUUUCAAUCAAGUCAUUUCUUUAUUUGAUACUAAAUCCGAAAUUAAACCAGUGACAGAGCAAAUGAGUCCAGAUCCAGAAUUUCUGACCGUGAAGUUUCCUAAUCCAGAAGAGAAGGGUGCUUUAGAUCUAUCAAUUAAGAAUGCAAAUGAACUGGAUCAUAAAUUAGUUCUUGCUAACGAUCCAGAUGCGGACAGGUUUAGUGUUGCAAUAAAAACACAUAAGACGAAUGAAUGGGUUCAGUUAACAGGAAAUGAAAUUGGUUUCUUGUUUGCAAUGUAUGUGAUUGAGGAAUUAACCCCAAAAAAUAAGCUUGAUAAUACUUACUUGAUUAAUUCUACGGUAUCAUCACAAAUUUUAGCAUCAAUGGCGCAACACCAUGGAUUUAACUUUAUUGAUACCUUAACCGGAUUCAAAUGGAUAGGUAAUAAGGCUAUCGAUUUGAAGAAAGAAGGAUUCAACGUACCUUUUGGUUACGAGGAGGCUAUUGGCUUUAUGUUUGGUGUAGCUAAUGAUAAGGAUGGUAUUUCUGCACUAGUUAUGUGGCUACAAUUGUAUGAAGCUUGGUUUGCAAACAAAGAGAACUACGAUCCGGUGGACAAAUUGAAUGACGGUUAUAAAAAAUAUGGUUGGUACAAAGAAGCAAAUGGUUACUAUAAGCUUAACGAUUUAUCGAUGACCCAGAAAAUAUUUGAUAGCACUAUUCGUAAAUCAUUUGAAGGUAAGCCUUAUCCAGAGACUCUAGGAGAGUCGUUUUUAGUUGAUUCAUGGAGAGAUUUGACUAUAGGAUAUGACUCGCUGACUUCCAACAAUAAGCCUGUUUUGCCCGUCGAUCCUACUUCACAGAUGAUUACUGCCAUUUUGAAACCAAAAGAUGCAUUUUCAGAUCAUGAGUUAGUGAGAUUUACUUGUCGUGGCUCAGGAACUGAGCCUAAGUUAAAGAUCUACAUUGAAGGAAAAUCUGAUAUUUGUGAAGAUAGGGCAUUAUCUCUUGCUAAGCUUUGUUGGAAUACUUUGAAAGCAGAAUGGUUUAAGCCCGAAGAAAAUGGUUUGCAAGAAGUUAUAUAG